AUGUGGCGGAAACUGAAGGAAAAAUCGAAUAAAAUCAAUUACAAGUCCACUAGAAUGUUGCAAGCAAUCAAAUUCGCGGAAGAGAAGAAACUAGCUGAGGAGGCAAGAGCGGCGGAGCAAGCAGAAGGAAGAAAGCGUAGAGCGGAAUCGAGAACAGUCCAAGCAGGUGGCUCUCAACCGGCGAUCCCCGGGACAUUGGACACUCGAGACGAACCGCAGUUAGAAGGCCCCUCAACCUUGACGACUACCGGGGGUGGAGUGACCGAAAUCGAAGGAGGAGGUGACCCUCUGGGGGAAGAGGUUGAGGAGAAGGAAGAUGCUCAAGGCCUGACCCACACGGAUCCUGGUGAAUCGUUGGGCGAUGAAGAUUCCGACUCAGAUUCGGACGACUCGUUCCUGGAGCAACGCAAACCCGCUUUGAAGGAGCGCAAGAGCCCCAAGAAGAAGAAGGGGAAAGGGAAGGGAAGGAAGGUGUCAUCAGAGUCAUCCUCAGAAGGCGAGGUGUUGGAAUGGAAGAAGGAGAGAGGGUAUGGCUCACUUAUAGAGAGAGACCAGGCUGGUGGACUCGAUUCACUCUGGGAAGGCGAAAGACGUGAGGAAGCUGAGGAGAGAAUUGGAUCUCUGUCAGCUGGAGAUCGAUAA